AUGGACAAGUCAAAGCAUCUUUCGAAGAUAUGUGCUCGUCCAGAUCUGAACAUCAAAUGUUCGAAAAAGAAAAAAUGUUCAUGUGAAGAUCGACGAAAAGACCGAAGAAGAUUCAAGGAAUCAUUCGUGAAGUCGAAAUAUUUCAACAAGAUUAAACGCAAGCGAUUCUUUAGGAAGAAGAAAAGCUUCAAGAAAACCUCGAGAUGUUUUCUAUGCAGAAAGACGGGGCAUUUUGCAAAAGACUGCCCAAACAAGUCUAAAAAGAAGAAGCAGUAUCUUAUUCAUUCGAUAGCCAAGAUAGCUCCAGAUCUUGAUAUCGAUAACCAUGAUCUUGAGUCAAUACUAUCUUACGAUAGUGACGAGAAUGAUGCUAUAUGCAGUUAUUCUGAUUAUGACGAAUCUUCAGAAUCCUCAUCCGAAGAUGAAAAAGACGAUUGUUGUUUCAAGAUUACCCAGAUGCCUCAAGAAGAUGAACUUCAGACACCACAUCUACCAGUAACCAUCUUUGAUCCUUCCAAAAGAGAAAAGCCAGUGCAUGCAAUCGCAUUCUUCGACACAGGAGCUCAUACAACAAUCAUAAAUCCAAAGAUUCUCUCACGAGCCAUGUGGAUGCCUCAUCAACAAGAUUUCAGAGUCGCGAAUGCUGGAUCCCUGACGGUCAAGCUAAAAUCAAAACCAAUCACGAUAGAGCUUUUCCCUGGAUGUCAAGUUACUAAGGAAGUACUAGGUUCAUCUGCACCUGGUAAAGACUUAAUCCUUGGGUGGGAUACUUAUUCGGUACUGAAGAAGAAGUUCGGUAUUUCUUUAGAACCAAGAGGUGUGAGAUGGAAAAAUCUCUACAAGGCUUUUACCACGAUGCAUCGUUUAUUCUCAAUCGAAGACUCAGUAUCUGCGGAAUUCAAUAAAAUUGAAGAAGAAUUAAAGAUGACAUCAUGUGCUGAUUCACACACAGAGUUCCUUCAAAAGUGUAAUCAUCCGCUAUGGUUAAACUCAAGCUUCUUCGUAUCCCUACCAUUCAAGGAAGAUGUACACACAACACCAACAAAAGCAAGUCAUGCAGGAAUGCCUCCAACACUGUUGCAGAAGGCAAAUGAGGAAUGCAAUCAAUUGAUGGAUCAAGGUAUCAUCUCAAGAACAAACUCUCCAUGGGCGUGCAAAGCGUUCUACGUUAAUAAUCGAGCAGAACAAGCAAGAGGAAAACUCAGAUUAGUUAUCGAUUACAAGCCGUUGAACCAAUAUCUGCAAGACGUCAAGUUUCCACUGCCAAAUAAAAGAGCGCUUCUCCAACAUCUCCAAGGUGCAAAAAUAUUUUCGAAGUUUGAUCUAAAGUCAGGAUUUUGGCAACAUAUUCAGGCGCUACAACAGUUUCAAGACAUCGUCAAGAAAACCGGAAUCAUGCUAUCAGCUAGAAAGAUGAUAAUAGCCCAACCCAACAUUGAUUUUCUUGGCAUGCAUAUCAAAGAAGGAAGUUUCAUACCACAGGCCCAUUUAGCUACAGAACUUCUAGAUUUUCCCGAUGAAAAUCUUACAAGGCGACAAAUUCAACAAUUUCUUGGAGUAAUCAAUUAUGUGGGAGACUUCAUUCCACACCUUUCCAGAAUGACAAGACCUCUAUAG